UGAGAGUGAAGUGUCUUGACUAAUAUUGACGAGGAUUGAGAGUGAUGGUGAAGGUGACGACGAUGAUGAUGGCAGCGUCAGUGGUGGUGACUGCCAGCGUCAGGGCCGUCAAGGGUCGCCGCCUGGUGCCCACCAGGGCCGCCCUCGUCCUGGUGAGACUCUCAGCCGCUAAACCCACAUGGGUCGUGGUAAUGACUCAGAGUGCUGUUCAGAAAGUUCGGGAAUUAUUAAAGGAAAAUCCAGAGGCAUUGGGCCUGAAGGUGGGUGUGAGACAACGAGGCUGCAACGGUCUAAGUUAUGUUUUAGAUUAUGCCACAGAAAAGGGAAAAUUUGACGAAGAAGUUGUACAAGAUGGUGUUCGAGUAAUUAUUGAUAAGAAGGCCCAGUUAACACUCCUGGGUACAGAGAUGGAUUACGUGCAGAGCAAGCUAUCUGCAGAAUUUGUCUUCAAUAAUCCUAAUAUUAAAGGAACUUGUGGCUGUGGAGAGAGCUUUUCAAUUUAACAGAGAUAAUAAGGUGCAAUUUGUGUACAGUAGUUGAUUCUAAAGGGGGGGUCAGUCUGUCGCAGACAAAGAAUUUUGAAAAACUGGCAUUUUUAAAGAAAAUUUUUUUUAUUCAUUUGGCAAUUCCUCAGUGGGAGACAGCCAGUGUUAAAAAAUAUACACAAUAUUGUUAUACAUAAAAAAUGCAGUAGUAUAUUCCACUGUGUUUUUUGCCAUUUUGUACUUGAUUUUUCUUUAUCUUUGUGAUAUAAUUUAUUUAAUUACCUCUGACAUUUACUAGUAAAUGAAAAGUAGUGUAGCACUACAUACUCGAGAGAUUUGAGAAGAGAAUCAAGUAACACAGAGAACAGUCACCACAGAAUACUGGAAAAUGAAGUUUACCUCUGUUCAGAAAAUUUAAUCCAAAACUGUUAUUCUAAGAAUUGUAUAGUACAUGAUUUUAACUUGAGAUGUCAUUAAACUUAUUUUUUCCAUUUAGUUUAUUUUGAAAAAAAAAAAAAUCUGGAAUUCAGAUACUGUACAUUUAAAAACUGAUGAUUAAUAAAUUUAGAAUAUGGUAUAAUAUGUACAUGUACUCUAUUUUAAAUUUGUCUGCAAC